AUGUCGAAUCCACUGAGUCUACCAAAUGAGAUUGAGCCAGUGACUGUGAAUGUUCCAGUCACUCCUGUUGCUCCAAUAGUUCCUAUCCCCCCAGUGGCGAAUAAUAGUACAGAUCCUGCUGAAGUGGCGGCUUUAGCUUCGAAGGAAGAAAAAAAGCCACGAAAGAAGAAAGAGGUGAACGAAGAUGUCGAGGAGAUGGCACAAGCGCUUUUUAUAUAUUGGAAAUCAAAAGAACUGUUGAGAACCAAUGAGUAUCAGUACGAUGACGCCAAUGAGAAAGCGGAAGAGUUGUGGCAUGAAGAAGCCGACGAACAAACACUUGACUUGUUUAGAAAGGCAGCGGCAGUUCAAAUUGUGAUGCUUGGUGGUGAGUUUGUCGCGCAGAAGAAACGGAGACAAGCAAAGAGUGAGAUGGAUCGGAAUAGAGCGGAGUGUAAUCCGUUUUUGUUGUUCUGCAAAGACCACAGAGACAAUGUGAGAGAGAAAGGAAGUCGUGGGAAAGGAAUGACAACUCUUUCAGGAAUGUGGAAGUUGUUACCCGACGAAGAGAAGGAGAAGUAUGUUACAGCUGCAAAACAAAACAAGUGUAAAGAAAAACAAAUAAAAACCGAGUUCGAAGGACAGAAUGAUUUCUCAGGUGUUUCACCGGCUGGCACCAAUCCUGUCGGUAAUCCACAAGGAACACAUUCUCCAAUAAACAUUUCUCAGAUUGAAACUAUCCAUCAUGAUAGUGCGUAA